AUGUACAUUACCCAUGUACAGCGGCGUAGCGACUGCGAAUGCAGCGACGCUGCACAGGGGAAUGUCCAUUGCCCCCUCUGCGACGUCUGCCCAUAUGCAUGGUCGUGCUCCUGUACGGACAAUCGAGCAGGAAUCAGCUGCAUUCAUCGCCACGCUGUGAUGCUUCAUGGUCAGGCUGCCAACAGGGCGGCAUUCAGAACUUUCACCAGAUACAAGCAACUGAGGAAGAAGUGGGAGUACCUGGAGAUACUGCCGGACCAAAAAAUAUCUGUGCUCCAAACUAAUGUGAACGCACUAGUCAAUACAGAUACCGAGGAGGCAAGAGAAAUGCUUUCGGCGAUCGACGACCUAGUAGAUGAAGCUUCGAAAAUGCACCUGACGCCCUUACAAGGGAUAGCCGUGCGACCAGAGCUAGCCAAACCUGGAGGGAAGCCAAAGCUGCCAAAAGUACAGCUCUAUACCCGCAAGCAAAGCCGUGCCACGAAAGGCGGUCCACCGCACGAUGAACCUGGCAGUGACGGCGAAGACCCUCGAGAAUAG